AUGUUUCCAACCUUGGCCGUGAACAAGAACGAGAUGCUCGGCUACGCCAAUCUCGAACGAUGGAGACGUUUGAUGUUGGGACAGACCGUCAACGGCACGGACAUCGCGCCCUGGACUCCAAUGAAAUCGAGACAUGAUCUGCUGCUCAAAUCUCUGCGCAUCCUGGUGUGUGCAGAUGCCGGAUUUGGCAAAUCUACAUUGACAAAUCAAGUCUUCGGCGUCGCGGACUAUGAACAAGUGACUAGUACUUCCCACAGGAAGCCAGGAGAGCAUAACAUCAACGAAGAGAUUAUUCAUCCUGGGCGGGAGGUUCUGAUUUUACAUGAUUCCAAGGGCUGUGAGACCGGCACAGAAGCUCAGAUUCAGGCAGUCGAGGAUUUUCUAGAGAGAGGGGUUGCCGUCACUCUCUACAGGAACGGCUUCAUGUUAUCUGGAUUGGACGCUGACUUUCACGCUUACAUUGGAAUGCGUUCUCAGAAUCCCGGUCACACUCCAUAUUCCCACAACGUAAUCAACAUCAAAUAUCAAGAAUCUGCUUUCGACAUGGCACACCAUGAACCCCGCUCAUACGAUCUCAUCAUCGUCGGCGCUGGCACUCCAGGCUGCGUACUAGCAAACCGCCUCUCAGAAGACCCAAACAUAUCAAUUCUCGUUCUAGAAGCCGGGGAAGACCGCAAUAACGAUGCACGUAUCUAUACACCAGGACUCGCAGGCAGUGUCUUGAACAACCCAGACUUUGACUGGCAAUACAUUUCAGAGCCAGAUGCUGGGAUAAAUGACAGAUUCAGUGGGAUUUUGUACUCACAGCAUGGCGUUUUGCAUAAAGUCGUGGCUAAGAGGGAUGUCAUACUUGCCGCUGGUGCGUUCAACACGCCACAAAUUCUGGAGCUAUCUGGUAUAGGAAAUCCGAGUAUCCUUGAGCAGCACGGUAUCAACGUCAUCCACGCCAACCCAACUGUGGGAGAGAAUCUGCAAGACCACAUCCGAGCAUGGGUCUCCUUCGAAGUCACCGACGACUUUCCAUUACUGACGAAACCGCCCAUCAAGGAAGCACGCAAACUAUACGAGGAGCAUCGAUCCGGGCCUCUAACCCAAAACGGCGCCUACAUGUUUUCCUACACGCCACUCGCACCAUUCUUAGACUCAGCAGAGUCGGAGAAGCUAAACAAGAUACUCGACCAGCAUUUCGAUGACGAUGAGAGAAAUUCACCAUUUACACGCAAACGCAACAAUGUCAUCCGAAAGACCAUCGAGUCUGCCGAUGAAGCAACGGCCGUAACAUUCCUCAGCACAAAAGCUCAAGUCGGUUCGGAGAAUGGCAGGUUUGUCACUUUGAACUCCAUGCUAUCUCAUCCCUUCUCCGCUGGGAACGUCCACAUUACCUCCACAGAUCCUGAGUCUGCACCCAAGAUCGACUUCAAGUACUACUCGCACCCCGUAGACUCGGAGAUACAUGCUCGACACGUCAAGGUGCUAGAACAGCUUGCAAACACAGAACCGCUGGCAUCGUACAUCAGACCNCGGGGCAGAAGGCUUCCAGAGGGCUAUACCACCGACACCCUCACCAACGCCAAGGAAAUUGCGCGAGAUCAUGCAAUGACAAACUACCAUCCUUGUGGCACAUGUUCUCUAGGCAGCGUAGUAGAUUCCCAUCUCAAUGUCAAAGGUGUCAGAAACCUCAGGAUCGUGGAUGCGAGUAUCAUCCCCAUUAUUCCGAGAGGAAAUAUUCUGGCAACGGUGUAUGCGGUUGCUGAACAUGGGGCUGAUAUUAUCAGUGAGGAUUUGGGGUUACGGAGAUCUACGUAG